AUGCCGAGGAGCACACCUUCGAAGGCCAUUACCCUGUCUCGGAGAGAACUCGACGCGAGCGCAAUAGAUCUACGAGGUGGAAAUGAUACACAUUGCUCCAACUUGCAACAGUUGCAAAAGAACCUAAAAUACCUGAUGCAGGGUCAAAGGAGUACUUUUCAGCCCGUCUGUGAAGCUUUUGAUAUGGAUCGACCAUCUAGUUCAAGCACUUCUGUCAUGGAUCAACCAUUGCUCUGGAAUGAACUUCUCCCUGUUUCAGUGGAAAAUCAGGAUUUACCUCGGAAUCCAAUGUCUUCAAGUGGAACUGUUUCCUGUGGAAACGUAGCCAGCCAAGAAGGUCCAAGUUUUAAUUUUUGGGAUACAAUUGGUCCUAGCUCUAGCAUGCCCCCACUAAACCAAGGAUCUCACAAUGAAAUUAAACUUGAAUAUAGUUGGAUGGCUUCUUCUCUAGGUAGUAGAACUGGUGGACCAAGGAUACAAGAUAGUAGACCUGAAGCAACAAACAAUCUUUCAUUUGAAACUGAUAGUGGUGACCUCAACAUCAAUUUGGCCAACAACAGACAACAAUUAUCUCAGUUACUUGCCUUUAAUGAGUCCCCUCAUGAUUCAAGUCACAAUACAAAACAUCUUGAAAUGAGUAGGGAGGUUCUUGGAUCAGGGUUUCAUUCGGGACCAAGUAAUGUGGGUUUAACACCAUAUCAACAUGUUGCCUUCUGUGCAAGCUCUUCAGGAGGGAGUUCUUCAAGGGCUAUUGAUUUCUUUUCCAACAAUGAUGGAGGCAAACAAAAAGUUACAGAAUGCUCUUCACACAAGAGAAAAAACAUUGAAAGAGACCACGGGGAAUGCUCAGCAAGUGGAAAUUCUGGCAACUUUAAUGAAGAAGACAAUAAUACAAGAGGCAGUAUAAUACCAAGAGCUGGAGCUUCUAAUCACUAUCAUUUUGUGAGUUCGGCUGGCAACCAUCAGAGGAACACUCGAAUGAGAAUGAACCAUGCAGACGAAGCUAAUACUUUUGCACCUGAUCUAUGGGCCCAAGAGAAUAAUCUAGCUUAUUACAAUCCUUGGCAUCCCCAGUUAGCAUCUGCAACAAUCCCGCAUAAUCAAUUGUCAGAUUCUAGGUACCAGGGUAGCAAUUUGGUGCCACAUAGGCAACGCCAUGUAUGUACUAUGCCUGUCUUACCUCUGGACCUGUAUCCCUUUCCACACAAUGGAAUUUCAACUACAGAAGUAGGUAGUUCUUCAGGAUCCCCAGCAGUUGCAGCUGAUGGUGCAUCAGCGGAACUCGACUCAUCAGGUGUUUCUAUCAAUAUCUCAGAGCAAAUGUCUGCUCCUCCAAUUAGCACCAGAAAUAUGUUACAUGAGCAAACAAAUUGGGGUUCAGUCACUGGCAGCACAGUUUUGUCUGGAAAUUUGGUGCCUACAUCACAAGUUGGCACCAACUUAGGAGUUUAUCAACCACUAGGAGCAAACUGGUUAACUCAUCAAAAUCGACGUCGUAUAUCAGAAGCUGAGGUUGGACAUCAGUCAGGAGCUGUAUCACGUGUUCAUCAGCAUCCAUACAUGAGAUUAAGUGGUGCUUUGAGUGUUCCAUUGCCUACGCGGACUCUUGCAGCUACAAGAGAAGGGAGAAACAGGAUGUCAGAGGUAUGUAAUGAGACUCACUUGACUGUAAUGGAAUACAUACCUAUAUUGCAAAAUACUUAA